AUAUUCUAGCAUAGGCGGCGCUAGCGGGGCCAAGCGGGAAAGGUGGGAGCUGUGCUGUGGUGGCUGGUGGCCUGUGGGAGCGCGCACCAGCUUCGGCCGCCUCGGCAUCAGCGGCCGCGAACCCGCAGCAUUAAAGUUUCGCGGGGACUACCGUGGCCGCCAACAUCGCGCAGGGCAGAGUAGUACGUAGUAAGUACUUUGCAGUGUGUGUUGGCUGAUACCACAGAUAUUUCGGGUAGUACCGACUCGCAUUGUUGAUGUGUCGCUGAAAGCUCCCGUGCGGCCACAUGCCCUCUGCGCCAGAAGCCGUCAGAAGAAAUAUCGUGCACGAAGGGCGACUGCGGACAUUGUGGCGACUCUAGACUGCUUACUGGUACGAAUCUGUCUUGUCUUGAGAGGUCCGCUUUGCUUUGCUCGAGUCCUUUUAGUACAGUCAUUGGAUUCAGAGCACGGAACCAUGGCGGAGAGCGGCCAAAUGCGACUGUCUCACGACGAGCUUUUGCAAGCACACAGAAAGGAACGGAAAGAAUUGCAAGGCGCGGUCAAAUGCCAGCAGUACCACCUGAACACCCAGCAGUUUGAAGUCUGCUUCAAGAGACUCCAAUCUAUCCCAUUUCCCGCCAACAACAUUGUCUCGCUGCAUCUUCACGAGUUUCUCGCCAACUGUGCCAUCAAGCAUGGCAUAGCAGAGGACACUUUACUCCUGUGUCUUGUUACAGCUACAUCCCACCUUAUGGGCCUUUCAUCAUCAACAAAAAUUUGUCUGUCAUCUGGUUGGCAAGAAAAUCCUGUGCUGUGGUCUGCUGUCUUGGUGCCAAGGGAACACAGUUGUCACAAUUUUGUCUGGACUUUACAAAAGCUCCUUUGUGACUUGCACUCAGAGCUGCGUUCCAGGGACAUUGCAGCAAAGCCUGUUGUAGUAGAUGAAGCGUCAUGUACUAGCCUCACCAGGUUGCUGACACUGCCGCAGGUUGGUCCUAUUUUAGGUGCACAUGCAUCUUUCGAGCAAGUGAAAUCUGUUUAUUCAUCUGUUGGGAAAGGAAAGUUUGAAAGACUUGCUUUGGGUGUACCUGUGCUGUGGUGUCCAGUCACUUCUGAUGUACCUUUCUUGAGUGAAGUGCGCUUUAAUCUUUGCUGCAUCACAGAUCCAUAUACUUUUCAUUCUGUCCUGUCUUCAAAGCUUAAUGAAAACUUGGAAUUUCAGGAAUGUAUGUGGCCUAAUAUUCUCCUUGCUUGUGGUCAUGAAAGGUCACUGGACCUGGUCACUUCAUAUGAACAGGUUGCAGACGUAGAGGUAAACAGGUUGAAAGCCUUACUGCUGUCUAUUGCAGAAGCACACUGCUUACCAGUUAUGUACAAGUUGUCAGAGGAAGCAAGGUGUGUUCUUCCGCAACUGAUGUCCAAGUUCAAGCAGCUGUCAUUAAGUUUGAAUUGCCGAGUGGCUCUGUUCAAGACUGCCACUAGUCAGAUAUUUCGGUUGGCUGCAGCACUAUAUGUUUUGGAUGGUUGUCUUAGUGCAGCGAUUCAGCCUGACGUACGAGAGUAUGAAAUACCUGCAGCUCAUGUUUGGGAAGCACAUGACAUAGUGAUGCACACAUUGCGCAUUAAAGCUGACCUUCUAGAUUGUCCGCUUCGAGAUGAGUUGUUCCACACUGUUGAGAGUCCCAGAACAUCCCACCAAAGUAACAGCUUUCAGCAUUGUACAAAUGGAACAGUGCCCAAUAUUUCUGUUUCAUCAGUUUUCUGUGUGGCACCUGAAGUACAGGUGCAGUCAAACCAUGAGCAAGUUCCAGUGCCUGUUCCGAUUCCUCGUGAACUUUCUGUGUCGAUUGUUCAGUCUCCAGCAUGCGACAGUGAGCUCAGUGGCUCUCAUAUCUCACUGCCAGAACCACAAGAAUCCUUUAUUUCCUACAGUUCUAUUAUCCCGGACUCAGAAGAGGAGUUUGUGGACAAAUUUCACUAUAAAAUUAGGCGUCUGCUAAUAUGUGGGAAGACUCUGCUCACACCAACACUAGUGGCACAGAUGAAGUAUGUCUCGGUCACUGAUCCAAAUGUCCCUGGGAAGCCACGUUACCCCACACAACUUGCUUCCCUUUUCCUUAAGAGAGUGGCUGCCUUGGGAUUUGGCACCAUGUUAACACGACAUGACAGCCACUCGAAGAAGCUGUUGUUUCGGAAAACGGACUAUCAGCAGCUUGGUCAAGCUCAGCUAAAGCUUCUUCAGAAUCUUCGUGUGACCAGAGAACAGUAUUCACAGGGCUGUCAGCGACCACGUGCGGCAUAUUGGGAAACUGGAUCAGCUGCACCCAUCCGCUUGCCACACUCGCCAGUAAAUCAGUCACAGAGUCUUCCUGUUAAGCAAGAAGUUAUUGACAUAAACUAGAGGAACAAAGAAUAAUUUUUUAUGUCACUUACUAAGUGAUGAGCUCUUCCCAGCUUCACUCCUGCAAAGUAGCAGUGUCAAUUUGCUAAGCACAAAGCUAUGACCUCAAAUAUUCAGACAGCCAUUGCCAAAUAUUUGAUUUUUGUAGGCAGUAAGGACCUCAGGUGUUGGUCGUAUGUUCAUCCUUGGAAAGGAAUGACAGACUUAAUUUUUGCUAGAGGUGUGUUUUGCACAUUGUAAACAUUUAUACCAUUGACCUGACUGCCUCAUGAAGUUUAGAUGUUCGUACAUCGUGUGAUGACUGCACAGUGCACGAGUUGCUCUUUUCAUUGCAACGGUGGUUGUAUGAAAACUGUAUGUGAUCCAUGAUUCUCUUCAUGAUAGUAAACUCGUUCAUCUGUUGCUAAUAGUUAAAUAUGCAGCUUCGCACCUUUGUUGGCAAGCGACAGUUUCAGAAAAAGAUGUUUCACAUAAAGAUAAAACCUUUAGGUUAAGUGUCUGAUGAAAUCUCGUCUUGUCAGGGUGAAACAUUGGUGAAAACACUGGUGGACGCCAACCAAGGGGAAAAAUAUUUACCGAUGUCUUGGUUCCCACACGGGAGCCUUGUUUGUCAAUAAAUACUUUUCAUCAAUGAAAUCUUCACCUUGAGGGCCCUCUGGGAAUGCAUAAAAGGCAUUAUUAACUACAUUUGAAAAGAAAGAUCUGUUUUAUAAUACAUCAGGUUGACCUAAUUAGGCAAUUUUGUAGUGGAACCAAGAUUAAUAACUUUAAUGUCCCAAUUUGGCUGGUGGCUCACUGUAAUAAUGUGGAAUGUCUUGUGUUUAAUGGCAGUUGUUUUUUACACUUAAAGGGAGAUUGUGAAUUAGGUUAGACUGAUUAUUUGAUGGUAUUAAAGAUUACAAGUUAGGUCAACAACUCUUGCAAUUUUCGUAGAUAUUGGUAAAUAUAAAAUAGGAGCUACAUCUGUUUCAUUAUAUUUUGUCAGCGAAAAUAAAUAGGCAGGCAGUUAACCAUUUAUUGUUUCUCCCUUGUGCAUUCAAGGCAUGGCCAUGGGAAUCCCUCUGGCAUAGUUGAAUUUUCUGUUCAAUUGAAGUAAUGCUCUUACAAGUGUUUUAUUGGAAGAAGCAGUCAUUUCCUUGUGUAAUGAGCAAGUGUAUGUGAUAAUGCUUUCAUUACAUUGUGUAUAUACUGAUCAUGCAAUAUGAUCCAUUCGUCUUGUGCACUUGUCUUGUGCACUUUUAUACUACAUUUUCAGUUUUGUAUGCCGUGAAGUAUAUUUUACCAAGCUUUGUCAUACAUGUAGAAUGAGUACACUACACCCAGGUUGUCAGUAUGUGUUGGUAUGCAUUGUUUUAGGAAUAGUUCAGCCAAUCUAUACUGGAUAGGCAUAACUGAUGCAACUCAGGAGGUUUAGCUACCUGUUGGUACAGGUGCAGCUGCAAUUCUGGAGGUGGCUUUAUUGAUCAUGAUCUUACAUGCUUUACAGUUGGUUACUUUUUAUUCUGGAAAUAUUAACAUUUUUGCUGUAUUACCAUCUUCUAGAACUUGCCUGCAAUGUUCUUUACUUUGUGCAUAACAGAUUACCGUAAAAUUCCGAGCUAGCCCCCCCCCCCCCCCAACGAAGUCGAAAUUGCGGGCACAGUGGGGGGGGGGGGCACUAUCUCGGAACGGCACCAAAAUUCAAAAUGGCGGCAAAAUUUUCGUGCCAGAAAAAAAAACGCAGUGCGCAUGGAUUAAAAUUUUAUUACAGAACUUUAUUUAGGCCCAGGAUUUGUUGUAGCUUUUAAUCGCUUUCAAAACCAUCGAAAGACUCCUCCGAGUCAGUUGCAAAAAACAGGUCGCAGCAUUCCGCUUGAAGUCCGCCGUGGUGUAGGGCUGCAUAGGCAUAGCUGACCUCUCACCACAAACACAAAGCAACAAAUGGCACGGAGCAAUCGGGCUGCAGUGCAAAGCAGGAUUGGAUUGGAUUCAUGGCAGCCAGCAGGACCACAAAAAAAAAAAUAUUUGUAGAAAAAUCUACGGAAGCUUUCUUUUGUUAACUGGAUGUGGCAGGCCACUGUUGCCUGUCUGCGUUGUCGUGGAGCGGUGAAAGUGGGGGGGAGGGGGGCGCUUUUCAUUAACGGCGCGGAUAUUUGAAAUUGCCAUUGAAGUUGGGGGGGGGGUCGCUUGCUCGGAAUUUUACGGUAGGUAGUUAAUUUUAAACAAGAACAUUGUCAGGCUGUAGAUGUUGCUUUAAAGUGUAAUAACAUAUCUCAGUAAUUAUGUCCCCUUACAUUUAAGCUAACUCCCAUUGUCUUAGCUAGUGCUUGUAAUGAAAGAGCUAGUUAUGGAAGUAUUUGUGCCAGCUAUCAAGUGGGACUGAAUAAACAGACAAAAAGAGACUAACAUCUGUGUUACUACAGAACAAAAAAUUUUGAAAUACUGUAAUAUUCUGCAUUGCUACAAGAUAUUACUAGAUUUUGGCAUAUAAAAUUUACAACCAAAAGUUUUAGGUCUUCCUAUAUAACCAAAAAACAGCUUUUUUGUUGUAUGUCAGUUACUUCUUUUUGUGGCCCCGAAAUUGUCCCUUGUAUUAUGUUUGGGUUCAUGUUAUAUUAUGGCUAGGCACUAAUAUGGGAAAUAUGGUAGAGGCUAUUAUUGGGGUGUUGAAAGUAUGCAGAAAUAUCAAAAUUAUGAAGUUCAGAAUCUCAAAGUAGGUAUGAAGCAUGUUAAUAAUGUGAAGGCAGAAAAUGUUUAAUUGCCUUACAUUUAAUGGUACAAACAUAAUUCAUUCACAUAAGGUUAACAGAUCCAGUAGGUGCAAAUAUAGAUUGUAUAAAAUCUUUACAGAUUAGUCAGUAAUGUGUGCUGAAACUCUUGAAAAAGGGCAUAAAGAACAAUAUUAUUGCAAAGGUUUACACAGCGACUGCAUGGCUUCAGAGCAGCCAGUGACUCAAUCUGGUACUUUGUUUUGAAAGCUGUAUUCAGACAUAGGAACCUUUGAAGCUUUUAAGCUUGUUAUUAUUCAGACAUGUGCAUAGUCACUGCCACCACGUUUGAUGGAGCACCGACACAAACAUAUUGUAUCUUGUUUUCCUUUUUUUUUCCAAUAAGUAGCUAAUGACCCUUUAUCAUGGCUAGAAACCUCGUUUGCACGUGGUUAAUUAUUUAGAGACAUUUUUAUAGUACCUAGCCACAGUUCCGGUUUCAGAGUGUGCUGAUAAAGGCAGGACCAGGGAGUCUUUAUUGGAAGCACAGCUGGCCAUGUAACUGCACAAAACAGUUCCUUGUCAAAUGUGGCACAGAGCACACGUAAGGAGCAUGGCAGCCAGCACAAACUCGUAACAUAGGUGUUGUUGGUAGUUUACAUUAAGUCUAA